AUGCUCACCGUCCCACAAACGGCAAUGCUAUCCAUUGACUCCAUCCCGUCUUCAUUCGUGGAUCUCUUCCCAGAUGGAACAUCCAUCCACGGCAUUCUAGCCGCAUAUCUCACGCACGGGGACGUCAAAACCCUGAAAGAGAUAGACGCCUGGCGCAACGUCUGGCCAAACUGGCAGGAGCUCGAGGAUAGCACGCCUAUACUAUGGCCAGCUCAUCUCCGACGAUCAAACUCCGCCUAUGAAGACGAGGACAAUUCCUCGACACCAAGUCUUCUCCCCCCUUCUGUAUCUGGGCUAUGGAAUUCUUUCGAAAAGGUACCCGUAGGCGUCGACUACGACACCAGGUAUCAGAACAUGCUCGCGCAAGAGGAAAAGCGACUCAGACACGCCUGGGAACAGGUUCUCUCCGUGUUCCCUAAAACGGAGUGGAAGACAUUCGCAUAUUACUGGCUCAUCAUCAACUCAAGAAGCUUCUACUAUAUAUCCCCCGGAAAGGACGAACCGGAGGAUUGGAACGACGCCAUCGCCAUGGUUCCUUAUGCUGAUUAUUUCAAUCACGAGGAUAACGCGGUUAAAAAAGGCUCAGAAGUCUACAUGAGCUACGGCGCCCACUCGAACGACUUCCUCUUCGUCGAAUACGGCUUCUUCCUCGACAAUAACGAAUCCGACUCAAUAUACCUAGACGACAUAAUCUUCCAAGACCUAACAAUAACGGACAAAAAAGAAUUAGUCCAUCAAGACUGUUUCGGCAACUUCGAAGUCACAGAAACUGGCGUAGACGCCAGGAUCGAAACAGCCGCCUGUCUCAAAUACAUGUCUAAGCGGGACUUCCGGAUUUAUAUCGAGGGCCGGUCGAAACGGGCCUUUGAUGUGGAGAAAUCGGCGGAGGUGAUUCGGGGUUGGAUUGGGGUUUAUCUUGAGGAGUGUGAGAGGACGAUGGAGAUUAUUGGGUCUAUGUUGGAGAGGUUGGGUGGGUCUAGGAGACGUAGCAGUGAUGGGAAGAAGUGGGAGAAGGGGAGGUUGGAGAUGUUGCUUAGUAGGUGGGGCCAGAUUAAGCAGAUUUGUGAAAAGGCCAUAAAUGCUGUUGGUCAGAGUGGAUAA